AUGGUAAUAAAAUUAUAUACAACAGAACUAAGUCCGUCUGUACGGGCUUCUAUAAUGGCGUUUGAGAUAUUUCAAGUUCCAUAUGAAAAUAUAGAAGUUAAUCUAUCCGAUAAGUCAAUGUUGGAUCCUGAAUUUUUAAAUAAAAAUCCAAUGCGAACAGUUCCUGUUCUUGAAGAUGAAGACUUUAUAUUGCAUGAUGGUCAUGCGAUAUUAAUGUAUUUAGCUGAUGCAUACGGCACUGAAGAUUCAUGGUACCCAAAAGAUUAUAAGACGAGAGCGCUAGUCAACCAAAAACUAUCAUUUAUCAAUGAAAUUAUAUUUUCUGGAUUCAAAAAGAUUGCGUACUCCGUAGUAGUUGAAAGAAGAAAAACGUUGAUGCCACAAUGGAUAGAAACCAUUGAGGAAGGUUAUAGUAUAAUGGAAAAGUUUCUAAGCAAAACAACCUACAUUGCCACAGAUGAUGUUACAAUCGCUGAUCUCUCAGCUUAUAGUAAUAUGUCGUGUCUAAUGUAUGUUAUUCCUGUGGAUAGACAGAAGUACCCGAAGACACUUAAAUGGUGCCACGUCAUGGAGAUGCAGCCCUACUGUAAAGAGUUCAACAACAAAUCGGCGGCUACUUUCGGAGAUCUGUAUAAGCUAAUUAUGUCACAUUAG